AAAGCUAAAUUCAAUUUCGGAUUCACAUCCUAUUGUGGUAUCCCGCGUCGCCUACAAGCCGGAAAACAGAUAGAAAAGUGAGAAAGCGCCACUCAGCUCGCUGUCUCCCUCACCCACCCUCUUCCGCAUCGUUCUCGGGUCGGCGAUUUGUCUCUCUCUUCUGCUAAGUUUGAGGAUCUAACCAUGCGCUCCCUCGAUCCCAACCCGUUCGACGAAGAAGAAGUCAAUCCCUUCUCGAAUGGUUCUGGUGCCCCUGGAUCAAAGUUACGUGUUCCUCCAGCGGCAUCUGAGCCACUUGGCUUUGGCCAACGUCAUGAUGCUACGGUGGAUAUUCCAUUAGAGAAUACAAAUGUCUCUAAGAAAAGGGAACAAGAGCUUGCAACUUGGGAAGCAGAUCUCAAAAGGAGAGAGCAGGAAAUCAAAAGAAGAGAAGAUGCAAUUGCCAGAUCUGGGGUUGUUGUUGACGACAAGAACUGGCCUCCAUUUUUCCCAAUAAUUCACCAUGACAUAGCCAAUGAGAUACCUGCUCAUGCCCAGAGGCUGCAAUACCUGGCAUUUGCGAGUUGGUUAGGGAUUCUUCUGUGUCUGGUUUUUAAUGUAGUUGCUGUGACUAUCUGUUGGAUUAGAGGCGGUGGUGUUAAAAUUUUUUUCCUCGCGGUAAUUUAUGCUCUGCUUGGAGUCCCUCUUUCAUACGUGCUUUGGUACAGGCCCCUUUACCGUGCUAUGAGGACAGAUAGUGCACUUAAGUUCAGUUGGUUUUUCCUGUUUUACCUGCUGCAUAUUGCUUUUUGUGUUGUUGCUGCGAUUGCACCUCCAAUUGUCUUUCAUGGAAAGUCAUUCACCGGCAUUCUUUCAGCAAUUGAUGUCUUCUCAGACCAUGUGUUUGUUGGGAUUUUCUAUUUGGUUGGAUUUGCCUUGUUCUGCUUGGAGACUCUUCUAAGCUUGUGGGUGCUCCAGAAAAUUUACAUGUAUUUCAGGGGGAACAAGUGAGGAUUUACUUCCAGGUUUCGAUCCAAUGGCCUCUAUACCGUCAGUCACUUCCCAAGGUGGCUUGAAAAUUUUUGCCCCUUUCUCUAUCAUUUUUCUUUCAUGCAUCCGUACCCUCUUUUCAAACAUAGUCGUUGUUUCUGUGUGUAUUGUAGUGACUACAUUAGACAUUAGUUUGUAAUGAAAAUAGCCGGAGGUUUUGUAUCUCUUCUCGUUAUUUUAUUUUUUUUAAAAAAGAAACCCUCCUGCCUCCCCUCCCCUCUUAUUGAAAAUUUAUGGAUGUGGAUACUCUCAACUGAGCCUUAAUUGAUGAACAUUAACCAU